AUGGGAUGUUACAACCACCACCAUUCUGAGUCUCCUCCUCCUCCUAACCCGCCCCCCACCAGCUUUGGCGGGGAGUCCCAUUCCCUUCCAGAAAGUUCCCAUUCCGGGGAAGGUCUUAAACCCAAGACCGUUAGGCUGGAAUUCCCACGUUUCGAUGGGGAAGAUCCGAAAACUUGGUGUUACCGAGUUGAGCAAUUCUUUGAAAUGUAUUGUACUCCGGACACUCAACGUCUCUCCAUUUCCGCCUUCCACAUGGAUGGAAAAGCCCUGGUUUGGUUCCAGGAGCUCAAGGCCAGCAAUGAGGUCUCCUCUUGGACGGAUUUCAUCCGUGCUAUUCAAAUUAGGUUCAGCCGGGGUCCCUACGACGACCCCAUGGAAACCCUUUCCAAGUUAAAGCAGGAAGGUCCCUUGGAGGAUUACAAGAACCAGUUCGACAUUCUUGCUCUCAAGGUACACCGGCUACCGGAUGAGCAUAAACUCAGCUGUUUUCUUGGUGGGUUAAAAGAUGAAAUCCGACUACCCGUCCGGAUGUUCAACCCAAAAUCCUUAGUAGAGGCAUACUCUCUGGCCCGCAUCCAAGAGGAGUGUUUAUCCAAUUGGGUUAAGGGCGCCCAACCCCCGUGGCGGUCUAUCCCAUUUCAGCACUCCCCGUGUAGCAUGAGCUCGGAGCUACCACUUGGCGGUGGACAGGGAAUGUUUCCUUGGGCCAACCCAAUGGGGCAAUCCAAGGUUAAUUCACAAGCCCCUGUGAGACAAGGGUUUAACCAGAACCGGGUCCUCACCCGAACCAGGCAUUGGUUCCGCGUGCCCAAACUGUUCCUAAUCGAGGGCUUGCAAAAGGAGGCGGAAGAACAAGGGAACCCGGUUGCCCCAGCUGAGGAGGACCCGGGGGAGUUCUUCUUAGAAGAAUUUCCAGAGAUCUCUCUGAAUGCUAUUACUGGCACCCCAAGCCCGAAAACCAUGCAGAUCGUCGGAUUCAUCCGCUUCCACAGGGUUAUUGUCCUCAUUGACUCGGGGAGUACCCAUAAUUUCGCGGAUACGAAGUUGGCAGCCUCGUUGGAACUCCAGCCCCAACCCCAAGACGGAAUCACGGUCCAAAUAGCUAACGGUCAAGAAGUGGCGAGUCCUGGGCGUAGCAGGGAGGUGGAGGUCAAAUUACAAGGGAUCAACUUCCGGACGGAUUUGUUCAUCCUACCCCUGGCCGGGUGUGACGUCGUUUUGGGCAUACAAUGGCUCCGAACCUUUGGGCCAAUUCUUUGGGACUUUUUGGCCCUCACUAUGCAGUUUUCAUUGGACGGAGUUCCUUGCACUCUGCAAGGCCUACGGCAAGGGCCUAGGGUUAGCCUAAAAGGUGGGGAUUCCUUUAAGCUCCCUAAGUUAGAGAAAAAAGGGCUGUUGCUACAUCUAGUGGGCCACUCCAUAACAGAGGGCCACGAGAUCCGGGAAACACAGGGUCGGUUACUAGGCCUAAGGCCAGACAAGCAGUCCCCUAUUCCCGGCCCAAAAGAAGAAAUAGAGCGCAUAGUCCAGGAGCUGUUGGACUCCGGUGUGAUCCGGCCGAGUCACAGCCCCUUCUCAUCCCCGGUCUUGCUUGUGCGAAAGGCCGACGGCACAUGGAGGAUGUGCAUGGACUACCGGGCUCUCAACAAGGUGACGAUGAAAGAUAAGUUCCCAAUUCCAUUAGUUGAUGAAUUAUUAGACGAAUUAUGGGGUUCUAGGGUCUUUUCUAAGUUGAAUCUUCAAUCCGGCUACCAUCAAAUUCGGGUAGUGGAAGCCGAUAUACCCAAAACAGUCUUUAGAACCUAUUCGGGGCACUAUGAGUUUUUGGUUAUGCCUUUCGGGCUAACCAAUGCCCCGUCCACUUUCCAAAGUCUAAUGAAUCACAUUUUCCAGCCCUAUCUACGUAAAUUUGUGUUAGUCUUUUUUGAUGAUAUCCUAAUCUACAAUAAGGAUAUGGACACCCACCUAGAACACCUCACAAAGGCCUUAACCCUGCUGCAACAGCACCAGCUUUUUGCCAAACUCUCUAAGUGUAAAUUUGGGUGUUCGGAGGUGGAAUACCCGGGCCACAUCAUUUCGGUUGAAGGGGUUUGUGUUGAUCCGGGAAAGAUCCAAGCUAUGGUCGAUUGGCCCCUCCCCAAAAUUGCCAAGGCACUUAGGGGGUUCCUAGGGUUGACCGGUUACUACCGAAAGUUUAUCAAGGGCUACGGAUCCAUAGCCGCACCUUUAACAGCCAUGUUGCGCCACAAUUCUUUUACAUGGACAGAUUUGGGCCGAGAAGCCUUCCAAGCCCUUAAAAAGGCAGUGUCACAAACCUUGUUCUAG